AUGACCACGAUGGCAGGAAUAGCCAGUGAUUGCGCAGUCAAUCCCGAUGCACAGGCAGCCGUCACGGAUUUCCUCGAUUAUACCGAAUAUCUUCCUUCUGACCUCAUUCGAUCUCUCACCCUAAUCCGUGGCCUGGACGAAACGUACCUGAGCAACUCCGACGCUCUGAACAACCUCACUAAACUCUAUGGCUCACUUCCUUCUUUUCCACCAGCGGCUCGUCCGAACGCCUCAGAACUUCGAGCCGGGAUUUCAAACCACCUAGAUCAGGCCUUAAACGCUCGAGAAUCGGCCUACGCCGAAGCCUGUCGACUCUUCGAUGUGGCCGAUCGACAUCAGAAUAGGUUGAAGAGCAUAAUAACGAAAUUGAAUGCGAUUCCGAAGCCACCUUCACGCGAUCCGACUCCCCAACCUCCGGCGUCCACACAAGUCAAGCGCUCUCGAAGCGGACGGAAGCUCGAAAAUGGUAUGUCCACAAGACUAACUCUCAAUCCUCCUCGUGGAAGUGCUGUCGCCACCGCAAUACUGAAGAGACCUCGUGGCCGACGUGUGACUGUCCCUGGAGAGGUCAUGCCACCCUAUGACCCGGAUUCGCCUAUUGCGAGUACAGAGGUGUCAGAUUGGGAAUCCCCCCCGCCUUCUCCCCCCCGCCCGGUGCUCAAGCUCAAACAACCAAAACCCCCGGCACCGGUCCCACAGCCGAAGGAAAGGGCGCAAUCCGUGGGUGAGAAGUCUCGCUCGGCCCGAGAGACGACCGAACCGUACCACAAACCUAGCCCUCCACCUGAAGAUGCGGAGAUCGGGAGCAAAUACAAACCGUGGACCCAUUUGACGGAAUAUGAGAUGUACAAACUGAGGAAGAAGAUGAAAAAGAACCAUACUUGGGAACCCAGUGAUGUUAUGAUCCGACGGGAGUUGGCUGACCGUGGGCGGGGAUGGGACAACUAUUAUCGAGCCAAAGCCGAAGCCCAGGCCAACGGGACUUCAUUCAUCGACAUCAACAGCGUCGACAAAGUGAUCCCCAAAACUGAGAAAAUCGACAGGGAGAAGAUUGAGUCUAUGGAAACCCCAGAGAAAUCAGAGCACGCGGAGGUGGGCAAAUCCGACGAAUCUACACAGGAGCCGGACAGGGAAGAGAAAUCAGAGUCUACCCCGAUACCCAGCGUGGGACCUACUCCCGGGACGACGCCUAUUCCCAAACCCAAGCCCGUGAAGAAAACGGAAGCGAAGAAAGAGAAGAAACCAGACCCAGCACGAUCCCGAGCAGCACUUGCGGCUCAGGAGGCGGAACUGGCAGCCCGACGACUAGGGGACAUAGGCUCAAAAUUCCGCACUCUGUUCACAACCCCUUUUGCUUCAGCACUUGCGUCAUUAAGUCGAAGUGCCAGUACGCCGACCGCUAACCGAACAGCGAAUACAGGGAAGAAAGUAUCAGAGAAAACCUCCAAGAAGAGGAAAGCAGAAGACACGCCCACUUCAUCUACCUCACCGUCUGUAGAGCCAGAUCCAGCGGCACGAAAGAAACAGAAGACAGCACCGAAGCCAUCUCCACUUGCCGCCAGUCCGGUCUCGAUGCCUGUAUCUGGUUCACCCUCUGCGAGCAGUGAGCCGCCGGUUACCAGUGCAGGAACCAUUAAAAUUCCCCUCAAACUCACAGUCUCGACAACGGAGCCGCCGACGUCGAAAGACCCUACUCCAGCUCCGACAACCCGAGCUGCAAGUGUCCAACGCAAUUCAGUGGCCCCCAAAACAGAAUCAACUCCACCUGUUUCCUCACGUCCACCAUCACGUCGUUCGGCCGCCGCAUCUGUCGAACCCCAACCUACACGGUCCAGUAGGCGCACAUCCAUGACUCCGUCUGUCGCUGGCCAGAAGCCUACUCCGGCAGAGCCGAGUCCCAAAUCCGUCGCUACUGCAGCAAGUCGACGGAGCAAACGAGACGCGCCAGGGACGGUGAUGCAGUCGAGUCAGGAUGGUGGGGCGGCUGUCAGUGUUAGUCAACGCAAGACCAAGCCGGCAAAGCAACAGAAGGCGACGACCAAAGCUGCAGCUUUGGCCGUGGCCGCCGCCGCAGAGACAGGAGCUGCAUUGCCCCAAAUUCGCAUCGAUGUCGAUGGACGUCAGGAGAUUGUGGACCCCGAUGAAGAGAGAUACUGCCUCUGUGGGGAUGUUAGCUGGGGAGAGAUGAUUUGCUGUGAGUUGGAUGAGAAGUGCGACUUUGGCCAAUGGUUUCACAUGGAAUGUGUCUCGCUAGCGGAACUUCCCCCACGUACCGUCAAAUGGUAUUGUCCGGGCGACAGAAAGAAAUACCACAAGGGUGAGCAGACUAAUGGACUUGUGGGUAGGGGAAUCAAGUAA